AUGCUGCCUCCAGGGCGCAACGGCACCGCGUACUGGGCGCGGUUCGGGAUGCAGCAGCAGCUGGCGCAGGGGGGCGCCUUGGGCGGCUCAGCCGGGACGCCGCCGCUGGGGCCCGUGCAGGUGGUCACCGCCGGCCUCCUGGCACUACUCAUUGUCUGGACCCUGUUUGGCAACGUGCUAGUGUGUGCCGCCAUCGUGCGCAGCCGCCACCUGCGUGCGAAGAUGACCAACGUUUUCAUCGUGUCUCUGGCAGUGUCCGACCUCUUCGUCGCACUACUGGUCAUGCCCUGGAAGGCGGUCGCCGAGGUGGCUGGUUACUGGCCUUUUGGGGCAUUCUGUGACAUCUGGGUGGCCUUCGACAUCAUGUGCUCCACCGCCUCCAUCCUGAACUUGUGCAUCAUCAGCGUGGACCGCUACUGGGCCAUCUCCAGGCCCUUCCGCUACGAGCGCAAGAUGACCCAGAGCGUGGCCUUGGUCAUGGUGGGUCUGGCCUGGACCUUGUCCAUCCUCAUCUCCUUCAUUCCUGUCCAGUUCAACUGGCACAGAGACAAGCCGGGCUCCUGGGGCCGGGAGGACCUUCCAUCCAACCUGGCCAACGGGACGGAAACCGGGGAGCGCGCUGUGAAGGCAGACAACUGUGACUCCAGCCUGAACCGAACGUAUGCCAUCUCCUCCUCGCUCAUCAGCUUCUACAUCCCUGUGGCCAUCAUGAUCGUGACAUACUCGCGCAUCUACCGCAUCGCGCAGGUGCAGAUCCGCAGGAUCUCCUCCCUGGAGAGAGCCGCGGAGCAUGCGCAGAGCUGCCGCAGCAGAGCCCCAGGUGAGCCCGACACCAACUUGCGGGCUUCCAUCAAGAAGGAGACCAAGGUCCUCAAGACCCUGUCAGUGAUCAUGGGGGUGUUCGUGUGCUGCUGGCUGCCCUUCUUCAUGCUUAACUGCAUGGUUCCCUUCUGCAGCGGAGACCCGAGGGCCGGCUUCCCCUGCGUCAGCGAGACCACCUUCGACGUCUUCGUCUGGUUCGGCUGGGCCAACUCCUCACUCAACCCUAUUAUCUACGCCUUCAACGCCGACUUCCGGAAGGUGUUUGCACAGCUGCUGGGGUGCAGCCACCUCUGCUCCCGCACCCCGGUGGAGACAGUGAACGUCAGCAAUGAGCUCAUUUCCUACAACCAAGACCCUGCCUUCCAUAAGGAGGUUGUAGGGCCCUAUAUCCAUAUGAUUCCCAACGCGGUGUCGCCUGGAGACAGGCAGGUGGACAACGAGGAGGAGGAAGGCCCUUUUCAUCCCACAUCGGGGACCUCUCAGACGCCUCCAGGUGGCGAUCCUGCGGCCAAAUCUGGGAGCUGGACUGCGAAGGGGAGAUUUCAUUAG